AGUAUCAGGUAAGAAAUUAAGAAUUGAGAAAAGGAUACACAGACAUUCAUCAUACGAGAAUCCAGUAGCUGUGUACCUUCUGUCUCGGAGAGUGUCUAUGAACAUGAAGAGGUGGUAUAUAUGAACAGUUCCCUUUCCUUCUAACAUACAAAUUCACCGCCGUAGAUUUGCAGCAGAACGAUUAUUUACUUAUUGUUUGUUUUCGCUAUCCCGUUCAAUUAGUGCUCUGUAGUAAUUCCAGAUUUAUAUAUUUGAUCGUGCUAGCAUAUUUACAAGUCUACUAUGGAGUCAAAAGUUGAUGAAUCAUUAGAGGAAACACAUGUUGCAAAUGCUUCAAGUUUCUCUGUGAAUGAUGUCUCUUUUGCUAGCAAAAGUAGGAAGAAUCCAAUCAGGGAGAAUACUGAAACAGCUAAUUUAAUCAGCAUGAAUUCAAGUUAUGUUUCUCCAUCUGAAAAUUCGGAUCAUAAGCCGAGCACAAGGAGCCCUGAUGUAUCAGGUACAUCAGAUGUUUUUAUGGUUCCAAAGAUGGAAGACCCCAAAGCUACAGAAGACCCUGAUGAUAGUAUGUCAGGCAUUGUUACAGGUGGUGAAACCAGAAAUGAUCUUCAAACCCUUGCUAUGGAAGGGAGUGAUGACUCUGAUGAUGAAGAGCAUGAUGUAAAAGUUUGUGAUAUUUGUGGGGAUGCUGGUCGGGAGGAUUUACUUGCUAUAUGUUGUAAGUGUACUGAUGGAGCUGAACAUACUUAUUGCAUGCGAGAAAUGCUUGAGAAAGUCCCAGAGGGUGACUGGCUUUGUGAAGAAUGCAAGUAUGAGCAGGACAUGGAAACUCAAAAGCAAAAUAAAACUGGAAAGGUUAAUGGAAUUAAUAAAACUUAUCCUUCUGGACAACAAACAACCAUCAUUGAUUCUGAUCACCCUGGUAAGGCAGAACCAAAGUGUCCUGAUUUUAAUGGAGAAGCAGGUACUAAAGAAUAUUCUUAUCUGAAAGCCUCUGGCAAGAGACGCAUGGACAAUGCUGAAAUUUCUUCUGCACCAAAAAGACAAGCUCUCGAAUCUCUUUCAGGGUCACCAAAGGCACAAAGCCCCAACAAGGUUUCUUCACUUUCUCAUGAAAGCUCAUUUAAGAACUCAGAGAAGGGGAAAGUGAAAGUACAUCCAUUGUCUACUGGUGCAAUACUGACUAAUGAGGCUUCAGCUUCAGACCCCCGGCUAAAAACUUCUCAAGGUACUUUUUCAAAGUCCAAUUCAUUCAGCUCCUUGAUUAGCAAUCCAAAAGUCAAACUCGUGGAUGAAGUUUUUCCUUCAAAGCGGAAAUUGAUUAGAGAAACUAUUUCUACUACUUCAAAAGAGGGGCCCAUCAGAGCAAUGGGGAAAUCGAUGUCUUUUAAACCCACCAGCUCAAACCGUUUCAGUUGUGCUGAAUCAGUAGGCAAGAUGUCAUCACCUAGGUUUUCUCAUGAUCAGGAUAUGAAAGCGAAAAAACAUACAAAAGAACAAAGUUUAUUUGAAAGGAAGAAUUCUCUAAGAUCGGAAAGUAUGGCUGGUUCUACCAUUUCAUCCAAAUUUGAUAAAAAAUCAACAUCCCACUGUGACAUCAUGAACAACAAUAGAGACUAUAAGGCUAUCAAUCCUGAUGGCAAACCAAUGACUAUCUCAAAAUCUUCAGAUGAAGUUAAGAAACGGGUGUUGCAUUUUGAUGGAGAUACACCUGCCAAGGGAGUUAGCAAUUGUGAAGAAAAGCCUAAUCAGGCUAAUCCAAAGGAAGACUCCUCCUCAGGUUCUUGUGUUACUGAGAGACCGCCGUGUGUUGCUAAUCAAGUUCUAGUAGAUGGAUCAUUGCAGCCCAAGGAAUACUCUGAGGAGAAAACAUGGGAGAGUUCUGGGAGUCACUCAAAUCAGAACAUAGCUGCCAAUGAAAAGAUUUCUUGCCAGAAAUGUAAAGGAAGUGACCAUUCGGCCCAAUUUUGCAAAGUUGAUAAACCUGUGAUAGAUGCACCUGUUGUAAAAAAUUCAAGAGAGGCCACAAAUAGCACUGAUGAUUUGAAAGCUGCAAUUGAGGCUGCAAGGCUUAGGAAGCCUGGAAUUUGCCGGAAGAGUAGAGUUCCUGACCAAUCUGAAAACUUUUCUGCAGUGAACGUGAACAGUGGAACUAGUUCUCAGGAUCAGUUAACCAGUGCACACAGCAAGAGAAAUCUUAACUGUGCUAUGAAGGUGCAUGAGAGGCUUGCAAUAUCACGGGCCUCUACUGUCUACUAUUCUAAUAAUGCAAAGCAGUUGGGGGUGCUUCCUGCUGAAGGUCCAAGAAGAACAGGAGAUGCAGGCACCAUUGUUGUUUCUAAUGAAAAUUCUUCCAUACUUCAUGUCCAACAACAUUUUCCAGUUGCAAUGUCGAUACUUCUGAAAGCAGUCAUUCCAGAGCAUCAGUACAUAUGGCGAGGAGAUUUUGAGGUUCUCAAGAGUGGGAAGACGCUUGAUCUAUGUGAUGGGAUUCAGGCUCAUUUGUCAACUUGUGCAUCUCCUAGAGUUUUCGAUGCAGCUAAAAAGUUUCCUUGCAAGGUCUUGCUAAAUGAAGUAUCUCGUUUGAGUACAUGGCCAAUGCAGUUCCGGGAGUUUGGCGUUAGAGAAGAUAAUAUAGCCCUCUUCUUUUUUGCAAAGGACCUAGAGAGCUAUGAGAAGAGCUACAAAGCACUGCUCAGGAAUUUGAUGAAGCAUGACCUAGCUCUUCAAGGGAACUUUGGAAGCAUUGAGCUGUUGAUAUUCCCAUCUAACCAGCUUCCUGAAAAUUUCCAACGGUGGAAUAUGAUGUUUUUCUUAUGGGGUAUAUUCAGAGCGAAGAAGGCAAGUUGUUCACAACGUGUUCCUGGUGUUGAGAAGCCACUGACUCAAGACAUUCUCAGGGCAGUUGCACCUUCACCUGAAAAUAUGUGUUCCGCUGGGCUUAUGGAGACUUCUGUAUGCAGUACUCCUGCUUCAGAUACUGAAAUCCCUGCUUCAAUAGUAUCGAAAUCUGAAUCUUCACAUAAAGUGGUUGAAUGCAUUGCUUCUGACUGCAAAUCAGAGAUGGAAUGCACUUCUGUUCAAAAUGCUGAAGGAGAUAGUAAUCCUAAUACUCGUGACCAGAUGUCAGUUCCUUCAGCUUCUCAAGCUGAUACACAUAAUACACUGCACGACAUAACUUCUGUAGGAAUUUCAUCAAAGGAAUCUAGUAAUAACAAUGAUGCAACUCCUAGUGGUAUAUCUUUGGACUAUAGAUCUAACGAUGAAAGCGCCCCUUUGGUGAGAGACAAUAUGAACGAGGACCCUACCAAGAAUGUGCUCGGUAGCUCUGGUGUAAACCACAAUAAACGAUCACAUUCCGAAUCCUCUGAAACAGAUCAAGCAAUCCCAAGUUCCGGUCAUACUAACAAUUUUGUUGAGGAAGUACAUUGCAACAAAAAAUGGAAGCCCACUUCUAGUGGAUCUUAUGGAGGCAAUGACCAAACUAGUACCUUGGAAGGCUUGGGGAAUGCUGAGAAGUUUCUCUUCCCGGUUGAUCCACAACCUAUUGGUAGCUCCAUACAAUGGAAAGUGCACGAUCCUUUGCAGGAUAAUCAAUUCCAUAACAAGGUCCCGAACCUCAACCUUGCUUUAGGGGCCGAAACAAAACCAGAGAUCCCGCCCUUCUUAGUUGGGAAAGAAGAGAAAAAAAUAAUGGAGGACUAUACUACUUCCGACAGUGCAGCAACUAAAGCCAGUGAGGAGGAUGCUUCUGCUUCUCUUUCCCUCUCGCUUUCAUUUCCUUUCCCAGAUAAAGUAGUGCAGCGUAGUUCUGUUUCAAAGACCGAGCUGUCACCUCUAUUCCAUUUUGGAGGCCUCGGGGAGAAGCCGGACCAAUAACAGGCCAUGUAUCUUACAAGUUAGAACAUGUUCACAAGUUUACAUGAUCGACAUUAUAAUUUUUAGUCAGUAGGAGGUUCUGUUCUUGCACAUAAUUUUAGUGUAAGAAGUAGUGAAGUCUCUUGUAUACAGGAAAGGAUAUUAGCCGUUAUGAUACAUGAUACCUUAGAAUGAUUUCAAUAAUUUCAUCGUUUGAUAGGAGUUAGCUAUUCCAGAUUUGCUGCCUAUCUAUCUUUUGUUUGGUUAUCA